CUCAGGAUCCGGCAUUUGGUCCUGGAAAGCCACACAGUUUUUAAUCAGUGCUCCUGUUGUCUUGAGUUCUUUGAAUUUUGCGCAGUGUUUCUACUACAACGCCAACCAAUUCAAAUAAAGCAUCUGACACUUAAAGCCGUUAGAAGCCUCCCUGGAGACGCCUGCUCACUCUCCUCAGCGUAUUCAACAUGUAGAAGUCACUGACAUCAAGCAACACGCCACCUCUCUUCUCCGCUCAAUCAAACUGGGCACUAUGCAGGUCAGUCAUCAGGUCACCAGCAGCACAUCUCUCCAGAUCCCCCCACAGCCGAGGACUGCUGUGCUAAGAAACCCAACCCCGUUUGAAACGGUUCAGCACGGCCUGGUCCAGGCUAUCAUCAAUCCUAAGCGGGGUAUGGAUGGACCCCUCCAGACGCCACAGCCCCCAAAGACCUGUAGCUCACCUGGACCUGCGGGGAAAUCCUGCUGGAGUUUGGAUGUGAGGGUGGCCGUCCUGCUGCUGACCCUGGCUGGAGCUGUAAUCCUCCUGCUGCUGUACAGACUUUUACAAAUAAGACACAGACUGAGGUUGGCAAGGGCGAGGAACGCUCUAGAGUACCACAGCUUCUUCCACACUGCCACCUACACACUCAAACACCCUGCACCGUGUCAGGACCUGCCAGCCAAGAACGGGACAAUCGCCGAAGCUAUGCCGCCUAUCCAAACUGUAACCGCAGUGACCCCCACCGUCAUCACCCCACUUCCACCUCCACCGGUGCCCUCUCCACCGCCACUGCCAUUACCACUACCCCCACCUCCUGUGCUACCUCCACCACCUUCCAUCCCUCCAACACCUCCCGUCCUGGCCUUCCCUCUACACCUGCCUAUGAUCCACACCACCCCACCCAGCCCCCACCUGUCAUGGGGUGCCUGCUCAGACGUAGAUGUGUACUCUCGGAUCGGAGCUUUCAGACCCUCCAGGCUCUCCAGCCUCUCCACCCAUUCGAAAGUCAUCCUGUUUGAACACUCGUCUCUCUGAGUGACCAUGACUGGGGACUUGAAUGUUUGAGAAGACUGUCAUGACUACUUCUGACUGACUGAUAGUCAUCCAGGGAUGAUUAAAUGACUGCUUACAAUACUGUAUAUAUACAAUAUACUUCGUACAUGCUAGGCCUCAACAUGAUAAAAUUGAACUUCAAAUACUUUCAGUUCUUUCCAAACCAACUUAGAAGUGCAUUCAAACUCAAUAGAAUGAGAACCUCUGCCACGUCACCCUUUUUAAAUGAGAAAACAGAGCUUUUUAACCCAAAUACACUGCAUGCUAGGAAAUACCUUAUUGGCUCUGUCUUUAACAACCAAAUGUUAUUAAUUAAUACCAUGAUCAGUCAGAAACAUAAUAUGGUAGUUAAUGGCUAUAAAGAAUUAAUUGUUUGAUCAUGUAUUGAUUUGGCCACAAAUUAAGCAUAUGAUGUCAAUUUAAAGCAAAAUCUGUCAAAUUGAGAAAGUCACAGUUUGUCAUAAAACUGCUGAAGAACACCGAGACGUCCCACAGGUGCUUGAUUGGAUUGAGAUCUUGGGAACUGGAAGCUGGGUAGAUAUCUUGAGCUUUUUGUCACAUUUAGUGGGUCAUUCACGAGACGUUUUUGCAUUGGCAGGGCUCAUUGUCCUAGUGGCAAGGGCACUGCCAUCGGUCAGUAUCGUUGCCAUGAGGGGAUGUAGUUGUUCUCCAACUAAGUUUGGGUUGGUGGUGUGUGCCAAGUGGCAUCUUCAUGAAUGCCGGGACCCAAGGUUCCCCAGGAGAACAUGAUAUUGUAUAAACAUUACCAAUAUUGGUCACUUGAACUUUCAGUGUUUAUAAUGUUGUCACUGAUUGGUAUUUAAGACUGUGUAAUUAGACAGUGUACACAACCAGUGGUUUCUGUUAUAUGAUCAUAUAUAUUAGCUACCUUUCCAAGCUGGCAAUAAGGCCAGACUUGUUGUGAUUUUCACCUUUUUUACUUUUCUGUGCUGAUGUGACAGCCAUGUUGGUGGUGAUGAUGUAUAUUGUGUUAGAUGAUGUUGUUCAAAGAGUGUUUUUUAUGCAAAACUAAAUGGUUAUUUACUAUGUGGAUGGCAAACAGUGACUUCACUUGCAAAAUUGCCAUCUUAAUUGACACAAAUCAUGAGUGUAAUUCAUGACAAUUCAAACUGACUACUGUACAAUCUUUAUUCCGAAAUCAGGUCUAAUGGUUGAGGCUUCAUCUCUCUACAGGAGUAUUUUGACACCUUGUGAAUUAAACUUUUUUGGUUAAAUGAAAAGAAAUGAGGUAAAUUGACUGUCAGAAAUCUCAAGGCAACCACUCCUGGACGUUACAGGUUGCAGUCAAGAAAUAAGUUGUUAAAUGCCAAAUUGUUUGUUGUUUCUCCGAUAGCAGUCUGUAUGUGCUGAAGCUAUGCUAGCUGUCUAAUGGCUGUAGCCUUAUAUUUGACUCACAGAUAUGAGUGGUGUAAAUCCCCAAAUGUCGGACCUUUGGUUGAUUAAAAGUGUUCUAUAUGAUUAGUUAUGAUUUUAAGUGUGACUGAGUCCUGAACAUGGAAAGCAAUAGAAGAGUUUGCUCUGUCUGUCUUCUGCUUACUAUUUAUUUCCCCUCCCAUGUAAUGUCUUGAUUUUUACAGUGUAUUUGUAGAUGAGCCCAUUGUUUCUCCAACUGCGAGGCAUUUCCUGAGUUGGAUUUCCAUGACAUGGUCCCUCCCUGUUUCGCACCAUUCUCUGUGUUUCCUCUGACUCUCUCACUGUAUCAGUCUCACUAUGCAUUUCAUCCACCCAAAGUCUUAGAUUAUGACUCUGUCGUUUCCUUUUUAUUCAGACAAAUGGAAAUCAUAGCACAGCGCUUGACAAAGAAGUAAUAAGUACAGAUACAGCUGACCAGACUAAGUUGUUUUUCAGAUGAGCACAGAUUGAUCAUUCUCUAAAGUAGCCCUGUCGACACAAAGCUAACAUCAGUUGUUGAUACAAUAAAGUCCGCCUUGGCCCAAACAAGAUUAAUUCUCUUUUAAUAUUUAACCAUCAUUCCCAACAGGCCCCUCAUUUAUAAUUCAACAAUAGUUUGUACAUUCAUGAGGGAAGCUGUUUUAGUCGAUGGUCGUUGGCUGCUCUUGGCUUGGCGGGGAUGAAAACCGAGACUUGCGUGACUUGCUUUUUUAGUCUCUUCUGUGUCUAAGUCUGCAAGUGAGGCUGCUGUCUCCAUACUAAAAGCCAGUUAAUUCAAUCUGUGCAUGUACUGCAGCACUGUCUCUUAAUUGGCUGUAAUCUGAGAAGGAAAGACAUUUGUAAUAAUAUAUACUGCUGCAGCAGUGAAAAGAAAUGAGGGAAUGUUGAGUGAAGAUAGAUAAAAAUGUGUGUGUGUUCUACAUCUGAUAGAUAUUAAUUGAAGGUUUUCAUCUCAAAAUGUUUCAUAACCAUUUUAGCAGCCCAUAGACAUGAGGCUAUUGUCGUCAUGUCGGUCCUUACAGGAGUAGGUCCUAAAAAACAAGUAUUGUACUUUUAUAUUUCCUUCAUAUGUUUUGUAUUUGUGUGCAUGAUACCCAAGCUUUCUUUAAGAAAAAACACUGACAACAGAAGCAAUUUGGACUUGUAGCUGUCAAUAUUAAUUUCACCUGUUAUACAUUUAGCAGACACCUUUUAAGUGACUUACACUUAUUUAUACAUUCAUACACUGACGGCGGUGGCUGCCAUGCAAGGAGCCGACCAGCACAUCAGGAGCAGUUUGGGGUUCAGUAUCUUGCCCAAGGACACUCUGACAUGAAGACCGGGGGAAUCAAACAAGCAGCUUUCUGAUAACAAGACACUGGCUACUACAACAACAAGACACUACCCCUGAGCCACAGCCACCUAUAGGCCAAAGAAGGCAAACAGCUGCCACAAGUUUAACUCUCACCCCCCCUGCAAGCAAUGACUGUGACAGCAACAGUUUCUUUCUUUGUAAGACUUGUACCAGCUGCUAGCAAAAACUAAAAAUGAACAGACCAAAUUUCUUUUUUCUUUUUUUUUUUUCUAACCAUGAGCUAAAUUUAACAUUAACAUUAACUCCCUAACUUUGACCGAGUGAUCAUCACCCUCACCCUAGCCAAAUGGUUUUUGUCCCUAAACCAAGUACAGGAUAUAUACCAGGAAAUAUAUGAACAGCAAUUUCUACUUUUUUGGGUAUGAGGAGUGUCUGGAGCCGUGGUCACACCUGCAGCUUUUGACAGCAAAAUGUUAUGGGAAGCUCAAAUAAGUCCAGUGCAUUUACCACAGUCACUGGAUUUGCUUACACGAGUGAAGCAAGCAAAAAGACAUCUCUUCACCCAAACAAAAACAGUUUCCUUGAGCCCUGCUUAUUUUCAUUCAACAGAAGGCGCGAGUACUCAUGGUGGCCUCGUAGUUCCUGACAUUUACAACUGUUACCUAACAUAUCAUACAAGGUUCCUACUUUCCUGGGCACGCACAGUAAAUCCAAUCACUGUGAGUCUGGCAGCUGGUUAUGGCAUGAACAUGCAAUCCUGUCUGAACAUAACAAUAUUUCUCUAACAUCUUUGUGUUAGCACUCCAAACCACCUGUUGCUUUGGACAAUGAUAUAAUUACAUUUUCCUGCGCAAUCAUUAUCCAUCAUCCAACAAAAAGAUUGGGUAUUAUGUGCAACAGGCCUUAUAGCACUGUAAGGGUAUUGGGACAUUGUCUAUAUAAUAUGGGAAUAAUAUAUGGAUUUUUGAACAUAUUAAAUAAAUAUUAAAUCAGACUGAUUCUUCCUGCAUUUACUGUAAAUCAGUAUCAACAAUGAUCAAGAAGACUUCAUCUUAAGUGGUUCAGGCAUCUAUUCAGGGUGCAUCUUCAUUGUGCAUUUGAAUACUUUGACUAGUACAGGACAUAUACCAGGAAAUAUAUGAGCAUCUGGCACUAAGUACUCUAAAUGUCUAGGUAUAAUGUAAUUCAGCAUAAAUGUGUAUGCAGAGCUCACAUUUGACUUUCCAAUUUGAUCCUGACUAAUGUUGGCAUGGCUUUGGAAGCAAGGGGCUCUUUGUUACAUUCACAGGCAGAAAUGCCCAGAAGUGCACAUUUUUUAACCAAGUUUGUUUUGGUUAUGAAUAAAAUCAUGCAAAUCAA